AUGAUGAGACUUAUGAAGGACAGAUUAGCUUGGACGUUUGGGGGAAUUCCUUUCAAGAAUGAGAACACCAUAAUGGCUGGCCUCUCCUACAUGGAAAGAAUUAUCAAUUUUAGACCCCUGACUUACAUAUCAGGGGAACAGGAUGACCCAAUGCCCAUAACAACCUCCAUGUUCCUGAACCCUCUACAGGGGAUCCCACCUACAACCCACUACUAUAUGGGCCAACACCCAUUCAAACCACUAGAAGAUUCUCCAGAAACAAACUUGACCUUACCAGAAGAAUCCACCGCCGUCAAUAACGGGGCUGUUGCUUGGAGAAGGGAGGAGCGAGUUUUUGACCAAAGAGCCUCGGGUCCUACGUCGACGAUUUUGCAAGGGAUGCAAAUUUUGCAGCCGCGAGCCCACACCAACAACAACCAAGAGGAAAGAUGCAGCAAAGAAAAAGAAAGGUACAGUUCAAAGGCAACAACUGCUGCUGCUGGUCUUCUUAUUCGGGAUUGGGAAGAAGGUCCUUUUGCUGAUCCAAAUCCUGGCAACAGCAGAGGACAUAAACUCCAGAAUUUGAUCAAUACACUGAGCAGAGAGUAUAACAAGUUUUGGAAGCAAAGUGAUGAGUAA